AAACAAAACCACGUUACCCAACCUUAUUUAUCACACCUCUACUCUCUUUUUUGUCUCAAACUCUCUCCCUCUGCAACAUCACUGUUGCCUCACCAUCACUGGAAAGAAGUCGCCGGAGAGAAGACGCCGGUGACUCCGCCCCCCACUACUGUCAUCAGGGCACCAGCAGGAAACGCAGUGAACACACUACACAACACAACACAACACAACACAAUCACAGCCAAGCCACCCUCUGCAGCCUCACUCCCAAAUGGUUCUUAUACUUUUUUUUUAGAUUCAGGUUUCACCCUCAAUUGAGACAACUAUUGCUUGGUCUCACAGCUGUUUGGCUACAGUAUUUUUAGAAGAGCCCAUUCCACCCAAUGAUAUUGGGUUCCGUAAUUUUUUGAGGUAUUGUGACACAGAUUACAGAAUCUUUGUCACCUGUCUGGCUCUCUCUCUCUACCAUACAAACGCCUGAAAUCAGAUUAUCAACAGCUGGAAACUAUGCAGACUGUUUCACAUCUUCAUUCAUCCUUGUACUUCUCUAACAGUUUUAAACAAUUUGCAGAAGAAACACUAUAAAUCGAGAUAGGCAGACAAAAAUGCAAUACUCUUAUCAACAUCGCUUUGCAGUAAGACCUUCGACUUAUAAAUUUCUAAUGCCUGUGCCACCAACUAGAUUGUGUGCUAUUCCCAACGAAGGUGAUGGUUACCCAUCUGCCCAUGUGUUAGAAGAAGAUACAAAUACCAACCACGCACCUAAUCUGGAACCAGAGACUUUAUUUAGCAAAUGGUCACCACCUAGGUAUCUGUGGAGGGGAUUGACAGUUCCUAUACUGGCAGGGCAGGUUAUUAUCAGGACAAUAAAGGGAAAAGUCCACUGGAGGAAUACUAUCCAACAGCUGGAGAGAGUUGGGCCAAGAUCAGUGGGUGUCUGUCUUCUAACUUCAGCUUUUGUUGGGAUGGCUUUCACCAUCCAAUUUGUUAGGGAAUUCACCAGAUUGGGAUUAAACAGAUCUAUUGGUGGGGUAUUAGCACUGGCCUUCUCAAGGGAACUGAGCCCCGUGGUUACAUCAAUAGUUGUUGCAGGGCGAAUUGGAAGUGCAUUUGCAGCAGAGUUAGGAACAAUGCAGGUUUCUGAGCAAACUGACACAUUAAGAGUCCUUGGGGCAGACCCUGUUGAUUAUCUUGUGACUCCUAGGGUAAUUGCCUCCUGUAUUGCGCUGCCAUUUUUGACUCUUAUGUGUUUCACAGUGGGGUUGGCAUCUAGUGCGCUCUUGGCUGAUAGUGUUUAUGGGAUUAGCAUUAACAUUAUCUUGGAUUCUGCCCAGAGAGCGCUUAAAGCUUGGGACAUAAUUAGUGCAAUGAUAAAGUCGCAAGUGUUUGGUGCAAUAAUAUCUGUUGUGAGCUGUGCAUGGGGGGUUACUACUUUGGGAGGUGCUAAAGGUGUUGGGGAGUCUACUACUUCAGCUGUGGUUAUCUCACUUGUUGGUAUAUUUAUGGCUGACUUUGCACUCUCUUACGUCUUCUUCCAAGGUGCUGGAGAUUCACUUAAGAAUUGCGUAUAAACAGUUGGUGAGUCUGUUGUUUAAUGGGAGUUUCUGCCAUUCUUGUCAGUCAAUGGAUAUUGCCUAGAAUUUAGAUGAGCAAAACACACAUCAUGUAUAAAUAGUUGCUACUUUAUGAUUUUUAGCCAUGUGCAUUCCAGCUUGAUUUCCCCUUCCUAUUACUUUAUUUUUUAAGGUAGAAGUGUUGGGGAUGUCGCUUCCCCCAUUAUAUGUUGACUUCCAUAUUUGUUGUUUAAGGACUUCUAUGGGCAACGUUGAUUCCUCCUUUUUUAAUAUUCAAGACAAGAUGAAUAAGGGGAUUUUGGUUAA